CUGACGUGCUGCUCCUAAGCCUCUCAAAUUAGUUUUAAAAUUGAUAAGUUUUAAAAAAAUAUGACCGUGAACAACAUGGCAGAUCCAAGACGACAGAAUAAGAUUUUUCGCUACAAGCCUCCCAACACCGAAUCAAACCCCACACUGGAAGAUCCUACACCAGAUUACAUGAACCUGCUCGGCAUGAUCUUCAGUAUGUGUGGUCUGAUGCUCAAGCUUAAAUGGUGUGCGUGGAUUGCAGUUUAUUGCUCAUUCAUCAGUUUUGCCAAUUCACGAAGCUCUGAAGACACUAAACAGAUGAUGAGCAGCUUCAUGCUGUCCAUUUCGGCGGUCGUGAUGUCUUAUUUGCAGAACCCACAGCCCAUGUCACCACCGUGGUAACAAAUAAUCCAGAACGCAGUCAGCAUCUCAGCAGGAACGGUAUGAGAACCAGCUGAUCCUCCCACUGUCCUUCUGGGACGCAUGGACUACACUCAUCAGCCCAGCUGGCCAAUCAGAAGCUGACAAAAUGACCGUUGGAGCUCCUGUUUGGCCAUUUCAAGUUUUCUUCUGUGUAUACCAGUUAUUAUAUGUAUGUAAAUGACCACACCAUGCUAAAAUAUUCAUAUCCUGUGAAAAAUUUUGAGAAAUAAAUGACCGUUUUUAUGCACUGCUUCAAA